AUGAGGAGGGUUGCCCCUGAGGGGGCCUCAGAUACGCUUGGGUCGAAGAAGUCCAGGUUGAGUGAUGAGGGCAUUCUGAUGGCGGAGGAGAGAGGGGAGAAAAUGGUAGAGGCUACUCCAGAAGUGGUGGUUGCCCUAGAGGCGCAGGAGGAGAAGGGUCAAGGGGCCCUAGAGGAAGUGAUGGAGAGUGGGUCAGCUGACCCUAAGGAAGUGAUGAAGCAGCAGCCCCAGGGGGUCCCUGCGCCCCAAGGAGAAGGGGCCAGACUGAUGACUGCAAUCUACCACGCUCGCGCAGUGUCUGAGCGGUUGGAGGGAGAGGAAGGCCCAGCUAGGGCGGCUGCAGAUCGCUUUGUGGGGAUUAUGGACGACGCAGCCGUGUGCUUCGUGGCCAGGUUCAAUAAGGCUAAGCUGCUAAGAGGGUUGUGCUCUACCCAAAUGGAGGUAACGACCUUAGUAGGGGCUCUGCUGAGAAAGGCGGCAGCUGCGAAGGUCAAGUCGGAGGAUACUAAGGCCCAGCUUGUAAGUUUCAAGAAAGAGAGUGCAAGCUGGAAGAAGGCUGCGCGAAGCGCGUGUGCCAGGGGUUGGCAGGAGGCCGAGAAGGCAAAAAAGAUGAAAGUAUUGGCGAUCGUGCAGGGCAAUGUUGCCGAUCGUGCUCAUGCUGAGCUGCUGGCAGUUGGGUUGGAGCUAGAGGACGAACGCCACAAGGUGGUGUCGCUCGAGUUCCAGCUGGCUGGCGAGCAAAAGAAACUGGGGGAUGCUCAAAAUGCCUGCACAGUCACCACCGAGCGGUUUGAAGAAGCAAUGAUCAACAAUGAAGAACUGCGCACCCAGUAUAUCAAAGAGAAGGAUGAAGCAGACGUGAAGAUUGCUGGACUGCAGAAGGAGCUAGAGGAUGAGCAUGCUAGGGCGAUGGAGGAGAAGGCAAGGUUGCAUAAGGAGUUGGAAGAAGAAAAAACCAAGGCAGCCUCUGAAAGGGCAGCAUACCCUGAUCUUUACGUUGCAGCAGUAGAGCAAUUCAAGGGGUCUGCUGACUUCCAGAUGGCGAUCGACGCCGCGGUCGCCAGCAACUUGGCAAGGGAGAUGACUGGGGGGGCGGGCCCGUCGGGAACGACCACUGGAGGCAGGACUGAAGCAGAACAAGAAAGGGUUAUUGGGACAGGGUCUCCGGCGAUAAUGAACAAAACUGCCGCAAGGAGCAAAGCGUUCCCACAGACAGCGCCAACUGAUGAUACAACAAUGAUGGCCAUUGGCAAUGGGAGGAAGAAGAUGAAGUGGAUUGGUUCCAUGGCAAGAGAAGCUGAGAAGGUUCUGGAAGGCUGUCGCGGAAAUGAAGAAGAUAAAUGGCAGAUUGAGGGAAUGAUGAGAUUGAUGAAGAAACUGGGAAGAGGGUGA